CAUGUCUUACCUUUUGCACUGCCUAUGAAACAUAUCAGGUUGGCAUGUCAACUAACCGAGGCUAUAGUGUCGCACAACGAUAGCCGAUCUUGAUUCGGCCCUGGAAACCUGAUAGCGGUCACAUUCGAAUCUGAUCGAGGUUCAGACCCUACUCAACAGGUACUGUAUCCUGGAGGGCCUGCCGCGGCGCGAUUGCCUAUUAACGAUCGAGUCGCAGAUCGGCAAGAUGUCUGAUCCUUCAAUGACCACUGCUGAUGGCAGUGUUGCCAUCAAGCGCAAGCGCGACAGCACUGAUGAAACUGGCCCUGAUGCGCAGCGUCUCAACCGUUCUUCAAAUGGGAGCAACGGCAGCCUUCCCCCUCCAGACAACCAGCCUAGCUUCACGCACAAUUCGCUCGGGUCCUAUGAUGCCCACGGCCUUCCGUCCACAGAGUUGAACAUCGACCAACAAAUUCUCCAGCACGUCGGUCCUCAGAACGGCAUCUCGGACGACAAUACCCUGACGGCUAAAGCGGCGUUGGCGGCGCACACCCCGCAGACUAAAUAUCCGCCUCCUCCAGAUAAUGCGUUCGACAAUAAUCUUGCGCAUGGAUUGACCUUCGGGGACGACAUCAGCCAGGCUAUUGGAUCUACCCAUGGCCAUAAUUCCACUGCCGCUGCGGUCUAUGCUGCGCGUGAAGCACAGAGCAUGAACCAGAAGCCCUCAGUUGGCUCUCCGGAAUGGCAUCAGAUCCGCAAAAACAAUCACAAAGAAGUGGAGCGUCGUCGUCGCGAGGCGAUCAAUGAGGGUAUCAACCAGAUUGCUCGGUUGGUGCCUAAUUGUGACAAGAACAAGGGAGCCAUUCUGCAGCGGGCAAUAGAGUACAUUUGCCAGCUGCAUGAAGAGAAGAAAGCGAUGAGCGAGCGCUGGGAACAGAACAACAUGACCACGAGCCAUGCCAUCAGCGAGAUCAGUUCUCAGAACUCCAAAUUGAAAGUCGAAGUCAACCGCCGUGGGGACAUUGCGCUGAAAUGGUUGCAGCGUUGCCGCGACGCUGGCCUUGAAUUCGACGACUACGAAGAAGCUAAGGAGCUGGAACCCCUCGAGGUGGAUCCCGGCCAAGUUUAGUUUGUUGUUGCGUUCAUUAAAUCUCUAUUCCCUGUGUCUCUGCGUGGCGUUCUUUGCUGGGCCAUUUCACAUGUGCUACGACUUGUCUGUUUCGGAAGAGGCUUGAGAUGCUCGCUCCUCCAUCUUAUUGCGAUUGA